GCUUAAAGAGCUGCUCUGAUCAAUUCUGUGAACGAUCGCGACGAGAGUGUUGUUUGAAACCGUGUAUUAAACAUUACGUGAAUUGCUUAGACAAUUUCAUCAUUUGCAUCAUAAACUUAAUCAGCUAAGCUAAUAACAUGGCCAAUCCCAGUCCUGCUUCCUGGUGUGGGCGUGGACAGAAGCCACGCGAGUACGCUAAGCACGAUCCCAUUAUUUGCUAUGAUAAACCUGAGGCAUCGGUUGUUUCCAAAGAGGAGUACGAUGGUAAGCGUUACGACGCAUUGACUGGAGAUGUGCUUCAGACUUUGAUAGUUCCCAAGCGGGAAGCACGCACCUGGACCAUGCAAAAGGGUGAUCUUUGUCGCAUCACUGUCCAUGAGGGCUCACAGGUGGGCGAUGUCAAUUUCUGGAAUUUAGAGAACACUCAAGAGCGGUUCUACUCGGGCAAAACGCGCCAACUGCAUGCGGCACACUUAAAGGUUUAUGAUAGACUGUGGAGCUGCUUGCCGUAUCUGCGUCCCAUGGCCACUUUUGUGUUUGAUACAAUGGCCGACUAUGGUAUAGAUGAUGAUGGAGGUGCACUACAUGAUGUAAUUGGCACACGUUGUGAUGAUUACACUUACAAGCUUAUAACUGGGAAGCACCGUGUCGGUAGCUGCCACAGUUCAUUAGUAAAAGCUGUUGUGGAGGAGCGUGGCAUGACCGAACAGGAUGUGCAUGAUGUAUGGAAUAUAUUCAUGUGCACUGGCUUCACCAAGGACACACAGCAAUAUUUCUGUAAGCCUAGUCCAGCGAAGAAGGGUGAUUUUAUUGAAUUUAUUGCGGAUAUGAAUUUAUUGGUGGGUCUAAGCGCUUGCCCGCAGGGCGAUGUCUCCAUUCCAGUGGGUGCUGAGGUUCCCGACGAGAAUUGUCACCCACUAAAAGUGGAAGUGUUUCGCAAAAAGUAAUCAACUCAAAUAAUUAAACAAAAACACGGUAACAUUGGCUGAAAAUAAA